AUGAAACUAUCCUAUGAUGACUACACGAUUGCCUGGAUUUGUGCGUUACCGCUGGAGAUGGCGGCUGCCAAGGCGAUGCUUGAGGAGACACAUGAAUCACUCCCCCAACCACAAGCGGACCAGAACUCCUAUUCUCUUGGAGAAAUGAGCGGCCAUAAUAUUGUUCUUGUCUGUCUACCCUCAGGUAUAUAUGGAACAACAUCUGCAGCCACAGUUCUCGCCCAAAUGCUGUCCACAUUCCCGUCCAUAAAGGUUGGUUUGAUGGUGGGGAUUGGCGGGGGCGUACCCAGCAGUAGUGUUGAUAUUCGCCUUGGGGAUGUGGUGGUUAGCAUGCCGUCCGGCUCCUCAGGUGGCGUGAUACAGCAUGAUUACGGCAAGGCACUGCCUGAUGGAUUCUUUCAGCAUACUGGCUCACUCAACAGCCCCCCUCAAGUACUGUUGAGUGCUGUGUCUCACAUGCGCUGCAAUUAUAUGAUUAAAGGAUCUGAGAUUCACGCUACUAUUAUGAAGACUCUGGAUAGUAAUCGGUAUAUGGAAGAACAGUUCUCGCCGCCUGAUAGAGACUUGCUGUUCAAUGCGACAUAUCAGCAUCCCAAGAACAGUCUCGAUUGCUCGCAAUGCGAUCAGUGCCAGGUGGUGAAACGUAUACCACGAAAGUCUCACGAGCCUCAAAUUCAUUAUGGCUUGGUUGCAUCUGGGAACCAGGUUAUAAAGGACGCUGAAACACGAGACUUUCUUGCUCAGACGCUAGGAGUCAUCUGCUUUGAAAUGGAGGCUGCUGGACUCAUGAACCAGCUACCUUGCUUGGUGAUCCGCGGUAUUUGUGACUACUGUGACUCGCACAAGCAGAAGGACUGGCAAAGUUAUGCAGCACUGAGUGCAUCUGCAUAUGCUAAGGUGCUCUUAACAGCUGUCCCUAUCAGCAGCAGCAAGGAGACUAGACCAAGGAGUCAUAUCCAAUUGAACGGGAAGUCAAAGCACGGCGUUGUACCCAGUUCAACGUUUAACAGCUACGGUUCUGGAGCGCAGUUCAAUGCUACUGGGAACAUUCAAAACAACAACACAGGAAGUGGCAACCAAUUCCUCGGUAACUUCGCUGGGCCUGUGUAUUUCGGCCAGCCUCCCGCCGCAUCUAAGGAUAACUAG